AUGGAAUCAGACGAUGAAGUUGGUAGUUCAUUUGCACUUGAUUCAAUCUCUGUCCGCUCUUGUGGAUAUCCACAACAAUACUCUUCUGGUGCCUUACGUCUUGAAUUUGCUUGUGAUUUUGAUUCAUCAACGGGUCAUACAUGUGAUAUCCGAGAUGAUUUUACGAACUUUUCACUCCAAUCUGCCAUUAACUAUACUAUAAGAUCACCAAAUAAUAUCAACGAUCGAUAUCUGGGUCCAAGAUGGACGACUGGCUGGAGUGGUGAUUCAUUUCUUUAUUGGUCACGUUCUGAUAGCACAUCACCAACAUUAAUCGAUGGACAAUUUAGAACACCUUUACUUGAAACCAAUAGAGAUAUGUGA